UGGGUUACAAGCUUUAUAAUCGCAGCACCUCCCAACAUUGCCUCAAACCCUAGCGAAUUAUCACUCGAGCCGCUCUGCGAAAGCAUUUUCGAUCCUAGUCUAAGAAAGAAAAAAGAAUGUCGACGGUCGGAGAGCUUGCUUGCAGCUACGCUGUUAUGAUCCUCGAGGACGAGGGUAUUGCUAUCACGGCCGACAAGAUCGCUACAUUGGUCAAAUCUGCUGGUGUGGAGAUUGAGUCAUACUGGCCAAUGCUAUUCGCCAAGAUGGCUGAGAAGCGUAACGUUACUGACCUCAUCAUGAACGUUGGUGCUGGUGGCGGAGGUGGUGCUCCAGUUUCAGCUGCUGCCCCAGCUGCCGGUGGUGGUGCUGCCGCGGCUGCACCUGCCGCUGAGGAGAAGAAGAAGGAAGAAGUAGCAGAAGAGAGUGAUGGUGAUUUGGGUUUCGGCUUGUUCGACUAAGCUUGAGCGAUUUGCCUUUGUUAUUUCUUGUUCGUAGUUUUUGGUUGAUUAAUCAUUUUGAGUUGAGACCAUAUUUUGUUUAGUUACUUCUUCGUUUCGUCUUGGCUUAAAAAAGUCUUCGUUGUUUUUCUUUUUUGUGCUGAAUAUCACCUCUUGUACUACUCAAAGUCUUACCGAGCAAGACCAUCGUCUCUGGCUUUUUGCUAGAAUUGAUUUUCACA